AUAGAAACUUUAUUUCAUCUCCCAUCAGUUUUCGAAAUAACCGUUUAGUCUGCAGAAAGCGCGCGAGAAUCACUUUGGACUCACUUUAAAAUGUGUGAACUUUUACACGUGUGUGUGUGCUUUAUAUUAGAAACAGGCUGAUUAUUAAACAUGGACAGUGAAAAAGUUAAUUGUAAGAUACCGGAGAUUGCCGACGAUCUCCGAAGAUGACGAUUUGCGCACGAGCGAAGGGGGCCAGUGAGUGUGUGUUUAGUGUGUGCGGAGUGUGUGUGUGUUGAACUGAGCGGAGGUGAAGAAGAGGAGGAUGAAGCUGGGAGCGGAGGAUGGGAGGAAGAGUGGACUCGGCUCGUAGUGCCCGGAGCCGGCUUUGUUUCACGGCGGGGGUGUCUGCGAUAAAUGAAGGAAUAAAACAGAUCCCCAUCGACCUUUUCUACCCAAGCGGGGAAUACCCUGGGACUGCUUUUGCUAAAGGUUACGAGAGAAUGGCGGCCAACAUGUACCGAGUGGGAGAUUAUGUGUACUUUGAGAACUCGUCCAGCAACCCAUACCUGAUACGCAGAAUAGAAGAGCUCAACAAGACAGCCAAUGGGAACGUGGAGGCCAAGGUGGUGUGUCUCUUCAGGAGGCGAGACAUCUCAGGAAACCUCAACACCCUGGCCGACAGCAAUGCAAGAGAGUUCGAGGAGGAGUCAAAGCAGCCGACGCUGUCUGAACAACAGAAACACCAGCUCAAACACAGAGAACUCUUCCUGUCUCGACAGUUUGAAUCUCUACCUGCUACUCACAUACGGGGGAAAUGUAACGUCACUCUCCUCAAUGAAACAGACGUCUUGGCCGGAUACCUGGACAAAGAGGACUGUUUCUUCUACUCACUGGUGUUCGACCCAGUCCAGAAGACCCUGCUGGCAGACCAAGGCGAGAUCCGGGUGGGGUCUAAGUACCAAGCAGAGAUCCCAGACAAGCUAGCCGAGGGUGAAUCAGACACCCGGGUCCAGGAGAAGCUGGAGACCAAGGUGUGGGACCCCAACAACCAGCUGAAAGACCCUCAGAUCGACCAGUUCCUGGUGGUGGCAAGAGCUGUGGGGACGUUUGCUCGGGCCCUGGACUGCAGCAGCUCUAUCCGCCAGCCCAGCCUCCAUAUGAGCGCAGCUGCAGCCUCCAGAGACAUCACACUGUUCCAUGCCAUGGACACGUUGCAGAAGAACAACUAUGACCUGGCCAAAGCCAUGUCCACACUGGUCCCUCAGGGCGGUCCGGUGCUGUGCCGUGAUGAGAUGGAGGAGUGGAGCGCCUCAGAGGCCAUGCUGUUCGAGGAGGCUCUGGAGAAAUACGGCAAAGACUUCAACGACAUCCGCCAGGACUUUCUGCCCUGGAAGUCUCUAGCCAGUGUGGUUCAGUUCUACUACAUGUGGAAGACUACCGACCGCUACAUCCAACAGAAACGACUAAAGGCAGCAGAGGCAGACAGCAAGCUGAAGCAGGUGUACAUCCCCACCUACACCAAACCCAACCCCAAUCAGAUCAUGGUUCCUGGCAGCAAGCCCGGUAUGAACGGAGCAGCAGGCUUUCAGAAAGGACUCAGCUGUGAGAGCUGCCACACGGCCCAGUCUCCUCAGUGGUAUGCCUGGGGGCCUCCCAACAUGCAGUGCAGACUGUGUGCAUCCUGCUGGAUCUACUGGAAGAAGUAUGGAGGCCUGAAGACCCCCACACAGCUAGAGGGCGCUGCUAGAGCUGGCUCAGAGUCGGGCCCCCGCGGUCACAUGACACGCCAGGAGGUCCAAGGCAUGUCGCCGUUCACCCGUAACGAGGGUCGAGCCAAGCUGUUGGCCAAGAACCGGCAGACGUUCAUCCUGCAGACCACUAAGCUGACCCGCAUCGCUCGGCGCGUGUGCGAGGACAUCCUGCAGCCUCAUCGUGCUGCACGGCGGCCCUACGCUUCAAUCAAUGCCAACGCCGUCAAGGCUGAGUGUAUGAUCCGGCUGCCCAAAGCCACAAAAACUCCUCUAAAGAGCAAGCUGGUGCCUCGACAGUCACUGGCCACCAUCGUGAAGGAUUUAGCCAUCACAGCUCCUCUCAAACUGAAGGCGUCCAGAGGACCUCCAACACCCAUCAACAGGAACCAGGCCAACCAGCCUCGCGUGGGCCAGAGCCUGCUGGGAAAGAGAGGCUUCGACAGCGCUGCAGGGGUGCCCUACCCAGCCAAUGGGAGGCCAUAUACUUCAGGUAUGAGGACCACCUCUCAGUCGGUCAUCAAGCGGCAGAAAGUCAGCCAGGGGGAGGCGCCCAACCCUGUCGUGUUUGUGGCUACGAAGGACACCAGGGCUCUGAGGAAACAUCUGACCCAGUCAGAGAUGCGACGGGCAGCGAGGAAGCCUCAUCUCCUGGUCCGGAUCAAGCUGCCGCCACCCCCACGCUCCCUGGCCAUGCCCCUGCUCCCCUCCAGCACCAGCGAACCUAUUGUCCUGGAAGACUGAAGGGAGAGGGCCACACAGGGUCUCUCAGCAGGACAUGGGGGGGUCGGGUGGGAGUUGGGUCGGGUCUGUGCUCAGGCCGCCACUUAACAGGCAGCACAGUACGCCAUACCAGUAGUCUUUUCUUUUUCCUCUUUUCAGCGUCCUUUUUCUUUAGUCCUCUGUUACGUCACACACACACACACACACGCACACACACACACACACACACACGACACUCUGAUGACUGUACAUUUCCAUCACAUUGAACACACACACACUCACACCACACCUUGGGCUUUGUAGUAUUUUAUUCCAGAAUCAUUUUUGCUCCUUUUCAAUGCCGUCUGUUUUUAAAUGUGUAAUUUAAAUCAAGAUAUUUCUCAUCCUGAAACAAUGGUGAUAAAGCACACUUUGUUUUUCCUCCACGUCUCUAUCUUUGUGUAAAUAUAUGCAUCAUGUAAGAGGUGACGCCCGCAGUGUGUAUGGAGAAUUGGGGAGGGAGGGAGGGGGGGUGGGAGACGGUGUGGGGACAGCUGCAGCAGGCUGAAGGUCUAAUCUGAUUGGAACAUUUCACUCGUACACUCCUUCACUCCAUUCCAUCUGACUGGAUGUUCGUUGUAGCUCAUUGGCCGUGCACACAGCCCCGUUUUUUACAUUUCUCUCCCAGUCUGUAACGUUUGUCAUCAUGAGUCAGGAGCCAGACACGAGCCUGUUACAGGUUCAUCCCAUCCAUCCCGUCUUCUGGAAGGCACUCAGUGUGAAACACAUUGAGUGAGCAUAGAGCUACAGGAGUGGUGUGAGAGGUUAGAGAGUGUGCAGAACAAAAGCGCCAACAAAGGAACAACGUUUUGAUCGUGACUGUAUAACCAACAGGCCACCGUUAAACCGCGUGCUCUACAUACUUUUACUCUUUCUGGUUGUAGACCCUGAACUGAUUUCUUACUAAUCCAGCUCCUUUAGUUUGUUGAUAAAAAGUCACGUUCAGAAUCUACCUGAAGUGGUGGAGGAUUCACACAGUAUCAGGAUUAUGGUGCGUUCACUGAAUCCUGAUUUUUCUAUUGCCUGUGGAGCCUGAACUGAAUCCUGACCUCCGUCUCUCUAAUCCCUUCGUGACUGCUUCAGGUAGUUUUGUGCUCACUUGUUCUCCAUACCGUCUCCACCUUCGCAUUACAGUAGUUGUUUUUUUCUGAAACUGAACGAGGGUUGUUGUUGCGGUCGAGCCACGUUUUGUCUUUUGUCUCCUGUCAUACUUUUAUAGUUACUUUUAGCUGGUUUGAAGAGAGAAGUACCCCGACUCCUAUUCUCUUGACCUCACCCCCGAGAUGUUUGAACAGGCAGUCUGGUAUGAAAGGGGAGAGAGGAUCACUGCUCAGAUCAGCAUUGGAGUCUGUAGGUUUACAGUGUAGGAGGGAUCAUUUGUAGUCUUGAGGAAAUAAUUGUGGUUACCAAUGGAGUUGCACAAAUUCCUGUGUCACGUCCUGAUCUGAACACAUUUGGCUCUGAGGUACUGUGUUUGAGUCUGCGAGAAUCCAAAAUGAAGCCAUAGUGUGUUUAAAAAAAGAAAAAGCAAAGCAGGUUGACGUCCAUGCUGAGUGGACACUUUUAACCCUGAAGUAAUGUUUAGACUAAAGCCACAGCAUUUCUGACAAUGUACUGUUUGGUUGGUUCAAAUGAAACUGACACAAUUAUGUCUGGUCAGUUGAUAAGUCUGUUAAUAAAGCAGCAAUAUGUAAAUGUACAGAAGGCAAUUAAGGCCCAAAAGUUCUAAAAAUUAAAGUUGCAAAGAGAGCUAAGAGUGGCUCCGUCUCAGAAUUGAUUCGUUGUGAACUUUAGUCGUACGGCCUUGAUCUUCUUCUGUGAAUGUCUGAUGAUGCAGAGCAGACGAGAUGUUUCUGAUUGUGAUUGGGUAUGAAGACUACGUGAAAGGAAUCUUCAGCUGUCUCAGCUUUUGCUUUAUUUUAGUUCCCCGUUUGUACCAUUAUCAAAGGGUGAGUACUAAAAGUUAAUAGUCGUUAAUUGGCUAAUUAUAAUGCCUGUGAAUCCCCACAGCAGCCAGGGGUUCCACUGGUUUUAUAAGCAAGUUCGGUCCCAAUGUGGGCUUUGUAAUAUUUCUCAAAAGGAAAAAAAAUCAAGAAAUUGAAGUGUUGAGUUUGUAGCAAAUACUAAUCUGUGUAAAGAAAAGUGGAAAACUGGCAUAUUUUAAACUUUUUUACAUCUAAAGUGUGUAAUUCUGCUCCAGUAUUGUGGAGAUGGCGCUAAUAGGCUACUGUACAUGUGAAACAUUGCUCUCCUUCAUGAGGUGGGUGGGGGGGUCGUUUGAACCAGGGGUGACAUUCAAAAGGGACAGGGUGCUGAUUUUUGUAUGAUGGAGAGACAAACAUGCUACAAUUGAAACUUUUUCUCAAGUGUUUUUUAUUCCAAUGUCUCUGUAUCCUUUAAUGUAUCUUGAUAAGAAAAGAAAUAAAGAUUUUUUUUUUCUUCGUGGUCA